CGACGAUCAUUCUAUCUUUGGCGCUCGCCAUUGUUCCAUUCCAAUCUGCUCACUGUCUUGAACGACGACGACGACAACUUGCGCUUCAGGACUAUUCCCAACGACCAUUCUCUCAACUUGGAUACCAGGCUCAGCGUCUCAGACUGAAGAACAAAAUGAUACUCUCUACCUCCUUCCUCAGACUCGCGACGCUCCUAUCCGUGUUCUCUGUCGUCCUUGCUUCGUCUUCUGCAGAGCCGUUUAAUCCUCGAAGCUACAAAAAAGAGGUGGCGACGUGUAAAGCUGUGCAUAGGGCAGAAGGGAAGGAUGUGGACAUCGAUAUUCAUUAUGUGGAUAUAAACCCCGAAGCGGAACAGACAAUGAUCUUCGUUCAUGGGUGGCCCAGUCUCUGGAGUAGCUGGAAGUACCAGAUCGAGGAAUUUAAGGAUGACUACCGCCUCCUCGUCCCCGACCUCCGUGGGUUCGGCUCGUCGACACAUCCAGACGAUGUCAAGUCCUCGGGAAAUAUGGGCGAUAUGGUCUCCGAUCUUGUUUGUGUGUUGGAGAAGGCGGGCGUCGAAAAGGCGAUUUGUGUUGGGCACGAUUGGGGUUCCCAGAUCUGUUACGAGGCGGCGAGGUCGAGACCUGAUAUAUUCACCGCAAUCGUCGGAAUCGCGAUCCCCUACAUUCCCUCCCACGGCCCCUUCAUCCCCAUCGCAGCCCUAACCACGCAACUCCCCCGCCUCUCCUACCAGAUCUUCUUCGAUAGCGCGACGCCGGCCGCGAUCGCAGAGCUCGAGAAGGACGUACGGAGGACGUUGAGGGGCACGUUGAGGACUGUGGAGACUGCGCCGCCGAGUGGGUUUUUGGAGAGUCGGGAGAGCUUUUUGGAGGGGUGGAGGGAGGUUGGGGAGAUCGACCCGAUUCCGUUCUUUACGCCGGACGAGGAGGAUUACUGGGUGGAACAGUAUGCGAUUCAGGGGUUUAGGAAUACGUUGCAGUUCUACACUACCGAGAACCGCAAAGCAUCCUGGAAAAUCGCGCAUGAUCACGGGAAUCACACGAUCCCCCAACCAGUGCUGAGUAUCCUGCCUGACCAGGAUCCCGUAGCGAACUGGGUCCUCGCUGCGAAACUAUUACAUUCGGCGGAUUUCUUGCCGGAUUAUGAGAUGCAUGAACUCCACGGCGCGCACUGGGUACACCUUGAGAAUCCAGUCGAGACUAAUAAAGUCAUGAGGAGCUGGUUGGAGGGGCUGGAGAAGAGAGGAACGAGGGCGACGGAAGAGGAGGCUGUGGGUUCGUCGGAUGGGAAGGCUGACGAGGAAAGGGUCAAAGAUGAGCUCUAAGUGUGGUGUUAAGUCCUCACACAUCAGAACUCUGGCGAGCCGACUCGACUGAAUUGACAAUCGGUCGAUGUUAGAGCCACAUUUUGCUUGAGCUGGCGGCGACUUUGCGAUUUUGGUGUUGACUUCCAGAUCCCAGUCAGAAGAGAAUGCAGCUUCGGAGGUGCACAACUUGAACUCGGGGACUUCAAGUUAGAAGUAAGUAAUGCAGGUAUUGUGCGAGAUAUGGCGGUGUCUCUGUGUAUUCC